AUGACUGUGUUGGUUGUAUGUCUUAAUCCUGUCAUUCAAAAAACUAUGAUUUUUAAGAAGUUUCUAAAGGGAGAGGUCAAUCGAGCAAAAGAAUCGUUUUGGUGUGCUAGUGGGAAAGGUGUUAAUGUUUGUAGGGUAUUACAACAACAAUCAAUCCCUCAUAUCUUACUUACUCAAAACAACGGUGAACAUUCACAAUGGUUCACCCAGUUAUGCAAAAAGGAUUCAAUUCAACUAGUUUCUAUUCCCAUUGGUGGAAUUAGAUUUUGUACAACAAUCCUUGAAGAUGGAAAUGCAACAGAACUUGUAGAAGAAGGUAUUCCUAUUUCUCAAGAAGAAGUCCACCAACUCCUUCCAUCUUUCAAACAGAUUAUUCAAUCACACUCAAUCUCAGUUGUUGUUUUCACAGGAAGUACUGCCCCUGGAAUACCAAGUGAUACUUUUCAACAAAUGGCACAUAUCGCUCAUCUUAACAACUGUAAGGUUAUUGCUGAUACUCGUGGAGAGCCUUUAUUAUCUCUUAUGAAAGAGCAUCCAGAAAUUAUCAAACCAAAUGAGUCUGAAUUCAUACAAACUUAUGGGUCAUUAGAUAAAGCAAAAGAAAUAAGUCAGUUAGGUACUACUGUUAUUAUCACUCGCGGAAGUAAGCCAACAAUUGUUUAUGAAAAUGGCAUUCGUUCAGAAAUACCAGUUGAACAAAUUAAUUUAUUUGUUAAUCCAAUUGGCUGUGGUGACUCAUUUACAGCUGGAUUAUCUGCAUCAUUAAUCUCAUCUUCAUCUUUAUCAAAUGCUAUUACUCAAGGACAUCACUGUGCUGCUAGAAACAUUGAAACCAUCACACCAGGAUCAUUGAUUUAA